CGAUUGUCCCAUUCUUCAAAGAUCAACCACUAUUCAACAGUAGACAUGUCUCUCAAAGUAACCAUCGUUUUCUUGGCUUUUGUUGGCGCCAUCGCUGCCCAGCAAUACUACCAGCAAGGUCAUCACGAGGAGGAACACCACGCACCUGCUCACUACGAGUACGCGUACGACGUCCAUGAUGAUCACACUGGAGACGUGCACGGCCAGAAGGAGUCCCGCAAGGAUCACACCACCCAGGGCGAAUACUACCUGAUCGAUGCCGAUGGCCACAAGCGCACCGUGACGUACCACGUCGAUGGCAAGAGCGGAUUCAUCGCCCAGGUCCACCGGGAACCGAUCAAGGGAUACCAGGCACCGCAGCCACAGGUGCACAAGGUGCUGGCCGUCCCGGUGCAGAAGGCGUACUAUCACCAUUAAGGAGUGUAGUCAACAAAUUUCAUAGUCAAAUUCACCAAUCUAGCGUAAUGUAGCAAAAUAUAACAUUUUAUAAAACAAAA